AGUUUACAAUGUUGAUUACUUGUCCGUUUACUUGUUAGUGCGACAAGCAUAUUCUAUGUUUGGAGAUCGUCAGCUGUCUGUCAUUAGUCCAGCUACCAGGGAUAAGGAAGUCUUCAAAUGGAUCCCCUGCAGGGUACUUUGAUUUUCUAUUCAUGAAACUGAAUAUCAUGACUUUUCUUAAUCUAAUUCCAACAUAUUUCCUUUUCUAGCCAGGGGAAAUCAAGGAUGAGAACUCAGAAAUUGUUGACGUUAUUAGUUGGGUAGUGUCUGAUGUCAAAGAAAUGUCCGAAAAUCCAGCACUGGUUGAGCUUCUCAAGGAAACGGACAGGAGCUCCUAUGAUGAUGUAUCGAAACUUUGUGAUGUGUACAAUAAAGCUAUCAUAGAUCUUUGGGACAUGGUAUGAUCCUUAUCUUAUUUUCGAUUCCGUAGUGGAUUGAGGAAAAUACUGUCCCUGAAUUUUUCAACCGAAAAGCUUCCCGUGGUCAUGUUCAGUUCAUUCUUCUUCAAUGUUAUAAUCGAGCUGUAUCAGAUCCGGAUAAACUGAAUCAAUAUCCACCUUUUUCGCCUCAAGUGUAUGGGGAGACUUCCUUCGAACUUAUUUCACAGAUGAUCGACACGAUCGCAGUUACUAGUGACGACGUAUUUAUCGAUCUUGGGAGUGGUAAGCUAGAGUGAUAAUUUAUCCAUCAAAUUAGGUGUUGGUCAGGUUGUCCUUCAAGUAUGUGCCUCUACUGAUGCGAAAUUUUGUUACGGAAUUGAAAAGGCUGAAUAUCCCGCUAACUGCGCAUCGCGUCUUGACUCAACUUUCCGUCACUGGAUGAGCUUUUACGGAAAGUCUUAUCGACCCUACACGGUAACUAAAUUUUACGCACCGUGUUUUGCUUGAAUUGUCCCUGAAACUCUUUGACGAACUUUCCUUAAAAUUCUAUAUUUUUAUCAAUGUUUUCAAUUGCUUCAGUACCUCAAUUCAAACCCAGAAAAGUCGAUUUCUUUGUGGUUUUUGAUCUCUUUGUGCGCAGAGGGAAAUACAAGUUGAUCUCUCACAUUUUUCGUUAUUUUGUUCUCAGUUGGAACGCGGAGAUUUUCUAUCAGCGGAGUACCAAGAGAAAAUAACAAAUGCUGGCGUCCUUUUUGCAAACAACUUUGCCUUUGGUCCAGAGGUGGAUCACCAGCUAAAGCAAAGGUUUGCUAACCUUAAAGAAGGUGCUCGGAUAAUCUCUUCAAAGGCUUUCUGUCCUUUAAAUUUCCGAAUCACUGAUAGGAAUCUCGGAGGUACGGUUUUUUGUAGCUUGUUUCACACGUUCUCUGGAGUUUUCGGAUGAUUUUUAUUGUAUGCUGAUAAAUGUUGCUCAUAGACUAAAGUCUGUAACGUCACACUCUCGAAAUGAUUUAUUUUACACAAAAGGUAAAUCUUAUUUAAGAGAGUCAUAUCAGUAAUUUUCAACGUGUGUCUGAUUCAAAUAGCCGAUGUAGAUUGUCUUCGUAAUUUGUUAUUGAUAUUUUCAGCAAGGUUAAUACAGCAUAAAGGACUCGUUAGCAUGAUGUCGUAUUUCUCAAGCUGACCAUUUCUACUUAUCCUAAAGAUGAGGUUCUUUUAUUUGUAGUGGAAUAUAGUUUAAAAGGUAGUGAUGUAUUUAUAAACGUUAAAAUCAGACAAACUAUUGGCGAAAAACAGCUUUAUGGUAUUACUGUCUGAAAUACGAUGUAGAUUUUUUUUUUUUACCGAAAACGAUACGUAAACUGAUAUAUGUAUACUGUUGAUUUGUCACAAUUAGAUGAUUUCAAAUUCAUGUGCUUAUCUAAAUUUUUAAUAGCUUCAAAUGAUUCAGUUAUGUCGCUUCAUUGUCGUCAGUGAAGUAGAGAUAAGGGAAAAUCGAAAUUAAAAAAUAAUGGUCUGGAUGAAAUAAAAGAGCGAACGACAUAUGGCAGAUCAGCUAUAGCAUUGGUAGAUAGUCUUCAAUAAACAGUGUUGCAGUUUUAGAGUGGUGUUACAGUUAGUCUCGAAUGUAACGAAACACUUAGACACACAUUUUUUUUAAUCGAAAUGUUGCACAAAUAUGUGGAAAGAAUAUGAGGCGUUAAGAAUUCUAAGAGUAAUGCUAAUCUUUGGAAAAUAUAGUCGUAACCCAUCUUUGUAGAUUUAUAUCCGUAAGUCAAUUUUUUCGUUCUCCACAUAAAACUCAUUUAGUUAAUCAUAAGCAAAAUAGAGCUUCAUACUAAACUAAUCGACUAAUUUAUAUAAUAUCAAUCUGUGUGAUGUAUUCAUUGCUGAAUUGUAGACUACUGGUUAUCUUUACCGGUUACCAGAAAUGGUUUAUUUGCCCAACUAUCUAAACCAUUUAUUUAAAUUGGACGUUAUCCAAGUUCAGCUUCUUGUAUUUAGCAUCGAGCUACACUUUAGAUGUGUAGGCUGUUAAUAAUACCACAUGGUUUCCCCAACGAAAGUAGGUGAAAAUUCCGAAUACGAAGGUCUCUUAACGAUUGUUUAUUAUACUACCUCCAAAGUUGCACCUUGAUUUUUUGUCUUGAAGUUAACACCACUGUGACAUAUCCAAGUACGUUUUAUACUCUACCACUAUGAAAUAUAACUGGAAGCUGUUUCUGUUUACAGGCAUUCUGUAUUCUAAUUUCUAAGGUUUGCGGUCUAAUCUUCACUCUUCUUAAGAGUGAUAUUUCCGAAUCUGUAGCGUACGUGAGUUUAAGGUUAACGGUUUAGACAGUUUCUAGCUGUUGACCUAUAUUAUAUAGGGUUAUUACUUAAUAUUAGCCAGUCAUAUGUGUAUCAUUGCUUUGUACGGCGUCUUCCUUUUUGAAAUUCCAUUUAUGCUAGCAUAUUUUCUCAAGUCUAUUACUUUUGAUUAUACUCAAAGCUAAGAAGCAAUCUUUUCAUGGUUCGCUUACGCUAUAUAUAUAUAUUAUUCUAUUAGAUAUUGGAUCAAUCAUGCGUGUGAGCUGUUUAAACCCAAUCCAAGAUGCAGUUUCAUGGACUGACAAACCAUUUAGCUAUUAUGUUCAUACAAUUGAUCGUUCGCUGGUAAGUCUACUCUUGAAUAAUUUUCUAGUCUCCAUAUGUCCAAACUGCCCUAAUAUUCGUUGUCUUGUGGGAGAAAUUACUGAUUCAGUUAGCCGUACAUUCUAAGUAGACUCAUUUAAGUUGACACCAGUCUCCCCUCUACAGUAAAUCACAAACGGUUUGGUUGUAAAGAAAGCAGCGUCAUGCUUAUCAAGGGAAUUUAGUUUUCCGUCCGAUAGAUUCAUUUUUGUAAGAUCACUAAUAUCCAAGUUAUUUGAUUGUAAUGUUAGGCUGAAAAAUGCAACAAACAAUACGCCGUAUUUACCUUUCUAAGAUAUACGCCUAAUAGCUGAAAUGUCUUCACUUACCUAGCCAGGUCUAUUUUUCUAUUUGAAAGCUAGUAUUAUUUACCAUAUUUUCAUUUAAAGUUCUAGUGUACACACCUACUAUAGUUUACUUACAUCUGUAGAGAGUUGAUUUCAUACAAACCGCUCUCAUUUGCAAUCGUUUAGUCUACAAUUAUAAUAACAUUAGUUUCUUAAAGUCUAUUCAACCUAUUUGAUAUAUUUUCUGAAACUUAUGUUGUAUUUGAGUUUUCAUUAUGAUUUUUACCGUUUGGAUAACAAUUGUUCUACUUUUGAUUUGAUUUUAGUUAGAACAAUACUUUGCUCGUUUAAAAAAUCCGAAAUCUAAAGUAUGUUAAUCUGUUUAUUUUCAGAGGUCCAAGGUUUGGAUCUGUUUGCACUAACAAUGUUAUGAUUUACGAAAUUUAUACUUUGUAAUCGUAGUAAAAAUUGAACAUUAUUGGAUAACUGGUUCUUUCUACAAAGUUGUGCGGGUUUGAAAAAAUCUCAGACUGUCGUACCACUCAAUUGUUUUAACAAAUACUUCAAAGAGCUACUUUGGACGGAACAUUAACCACAUUUUCACUAAAGGUGUUGUACCUCGAUGGCUUUUUGGAUAAUGCUGAUAGACUAAUAUGGCAACUCAAAACUCACGCAGCGUAAUCGAUCAAAUUUGUCAUCUGUAUCCUCUAAUUAGGUUAAAUGGCGUUUUGGGCAUCAUCUCAACUUGCUUAAUUUUCUUUUGAUUGUCCUAAUUCACUCUGCAUUCAAUUUAUUUAGCAAUCUAAAUUUGGUUAAGUUGGUCUUUCAAAAAUAGCUACAGACUAAUUUUACUGUUUAAAAAUUCCUUAUCACGAAGAAGUUUAGUUCGAUGUAGUAUGGAUCCAGAUCAAUGUAAAAAUUGUGGGUUCAACCGUCUGUAUAAUCGGGAGUUUCUCGUAUUUAUGAAGUAAAAUGAAAUAAAAAAACAUUUCCUAGUUCUUUUGAGUAGUAAAAUCGGCACUAUAUUGUAUGUAUAGCAUGAAAAGCCAGUAAGAAUAUUACUAGCCACUCGAACCGUUUAGCACUCAGUAAUUCUUAGGAAAGACGGCUUAUUGGUUAAGGCGUUCGACUUUCAAACAAUAAGUCUCAUGUUCAACCCUUACUUCACCUACGUAGGUUCAGGUGACUGGGUAGUAUCAUUAGCCUCUACACUUAAAGUAUGGUUCAUACCCAAGAACCUGGUAAAUGAGUUAACUUACAUUACUUAAUUAUUUGCUAGUUUUCUUUAUUAUUUAUUUGAAUACAUAAAUACCGGUACAAGGGGGCACCGAAUAUAUAUGCGCCACACUGCUAGUUUACCACAAAAUGUUUGCAUGCAAUAUAGAGUAUAAGGUAUCAAUGGGUCAGAUAGGAUUUACUUCACAUUAUCAUACUUCAUAGAAGGUUAGAGUAGUGGCAUAAUGGUUAAAACACUCGGUUUACAAUCAUCAGGUUGCUGGUUAAUAUCCUACCCCACCUAUUUCGGUUCUGGGGGUCGAGUACCAUUUUUAUUCUUCACACAAAAGCAUACCUCAAAGCCGAGUACAUAAACCUAUUAUUGGUAUGUUGCGUUAUUUGUUAUUGCGGAAGAAAGGAACGAACAACAAAAUAUAGAUAUCGUGUCUAUUUAAGUGUUAUCUGGGUACCCAGACUACGGUUGACAAAGCACCGUUUUAUGUUUGAUUCAUUCACUGAAAGCCAAAUUGCCUCAUUAUCCUGAUCGAUGUCAUCCCCAAUCAAACCUAAAAUCAUAAUCUCUCACUUCUAAGACCAAAGUCUCAUCCAAUAUUAAAUAAUAGGUGAUCAUAAAAAAUUGAGGACCUCACACAUCGAAUUCGCGCUACAUAAUAAUAUAUUCAAAUAAACCUUCAGCAUAUUUUUAAUGUUUACCUUAUUUGUUAAAUUUCAAUUUAUGAAUACACUUUUCUUUGUUUCUUCUCCGAAUUCUUGCAAAUUAUAAAUAGAAUGAAAAUCGAACCGUUCGUCGCGAUCGUAAGGGUCGUGUAAUUUCUGAGGCAACUAUGCGAGAAGGUUCAAUCCAGUUAACACUAAAUGCUAGCGAUAACAAUCAACAUAACACAAAUGGUAACGUCAGUCAUAAAGCUAAGAGGUCAUCAACUAUCAUGAAACAUCGUUCGAGUACUUCCCGGUGCUUACCAAAUAGGUCAGCAUCUCUACCUGCAGUAACAGCUAGUUCUCCUUCAGAGUUGAUCUCUGUUAAGGGAAGAAAGCUGAGUUCACAAAAUUAUUUAUCAAAGAAUGAAACUAUUAGUCGCCAAAUCACUAAUGGAUCCAUGGUUGUGCAUAGAAUAAAACAAUGUGAAUCACCACAUUUACAAUCAGAACUUAAGCGUUCUCAUGUUCACCAUAAAGACAAUCAGUCACCUCUUGAUAUCUUCACACUAUCUAAGGAUACUAGUAAUGCAGGUCUAGUUGAAUCUCACGGUGAUACACAACUAGCGUCAUUAACUUCAGGUGGACCGAUAGCCUGUGAUAAUAAUGAAGACGGGAAACAGUUUCGUAAAGUUAUUCGACAUUUGUUAGAUGAUCCUUGCGAAUCUCACUCAUUAUCAAAGUCAGAUAAUAUCAAACAGAGUGUACGUCGUAAAAGCAAAACAAUUGAAAAUGAUAACAAGUUAACAUUUAAUUAUCCAAUUAUUGAUGAUUACUUAAGUUUACAUUCAUCAUCAUGUCACGAUCAGCGCGAUAGUCGAAAUUCUUCGUCAUCACCGUAUGUUUCUUCAUUAUCGUCGGCUAAUCGAUCUCCGAAUUCUCAAAUCGAUGAAAUCACUUCUUUGAAUAGCUUGACAAAACGUUCUGAUCUGGAAUUAAAAUCAGUUCAAUCACCUGAUCUUUCUAUUUUCCCAGAAAAUAAACUAGAUAAGGAUAAACAUGAGGAUUCUUUUCAUAUACGUAUUAAAUUCAAAAUAUCUAAUUCACCAAGUGGUCAGAACCAUCCAGUCAGUGUUAAAAUCAAACCUCCAUGUAAUAGUGAUAACACGCCCAAUAGAUUAAGUAAUCCUGAAAACUCCAAUGACACAUGCGAUACUGAUGUCAUAAAUAAGGACCAUCCUAAUAGCGUAGCUAAUCGUCGUAUACUUCGUAAAUGUCGACAAAUGUUAAGUGAUGAUUCAUCAUCAUUAAAUGUUACAAAUUUUAAAAAUUCAAACAAUCGAACAAUAGCCUUGCGAAAACGAAUGCAAAAUCACUUUAUGGAUUCGGGAAACCGUAAUAAAUCCCCAUCAGUGCAUUCUAAUUCUUGCAAAACGAAUAACAAAUUAAAAUAUACACGUAGAUAUUCACUUGAUAAAUUAAGUCACAAUAUGAAUGUUUUACACGAUUACACUGUAACACAUGUGCAAUCCCAACUAACACCAACUCAGUUUGGAUUGAAUGACAAAAGAUUUCCUACAUACACAUGUCAUUACCAACCUGUGGAUGUGUAUACAGAAAGCAGCGCAACCCAACUGAGUGACUCAAACUUGUCUGAUCCUCAUACAGGAUAUAAUAAAGCACCGGUACCGUUCGCGCUUACACAAUAUUUGGAAUUGACUAAACAAGCAUUUAUGGACCAUUUUGCCAUGCUACAUUCCCCCGCCUACGCAUCAACAAUUCAAUCAGAACUUGAACGCGAACACAAUCGACAAGCUGAGUUAUUAAAACACACAAAAUUUUUGGAACAGUCUAUCGCUAAAUUGCAUUCAGAUGGGACAGAUUUAUUAAAUCGGUUCACAAAACGCCUAGGUAUCCUAAUCACCACACCGGCUGCAUUUUUCUCUCAAGCUCGAAGGUUAAUCAAACAGCAUCAUGUUUUGGAGGAGAAGAUUGCUGAAUUUCGAAGGCAGAUAUCACUACUAUCAUCUGCCAAUCAAGAAUUAGUGAGACGUCACCAUAUUGAGGCUGCACGUCUUUUAGCCACUGCAACAGCGAUUAAAUCAGAUAAUUCAUUUCAAAAUCAACAUCCUACAUUGAAUAAGUUAAUCUGCUCUGGAAACGAUGUUAAAGUAACUGAAAUAAAUAAAAAUGGAUUUCAUUAUAAUUCUGACAAUAUGUUACCAUCUUCCACUUCUUCUGAAUCAAAUUAUCGAAAUGCUAUUUCGCUGAACUCAGUAGUGAUACCACCACCACCAUCGUUAACUAAAGUUUCUCAUAAUACACUAAACUGCAAUAAAUUCGGAAUCCCUUCAAUUGCCACUUCAGAUAACUUAGUAUCCGCUCAUGAAAUGAAUCAACAGCAUUCACUGAAUCCUAUAAAAUCUUCAAAUAUCAAGCUUAGAACAUCAAACGGUGCACCUUCAGUUUUGCGUAAUAAUACUGAUGUUCAUAAAUUUGCACCGGUAUUAAUAAAAACUGUGAAUACAAGUAACCAUUCUGCCGUUUCAGUUCACACUACCAAUAAUAAGGCAGAUCGCGAUCAUAAAGUUAUUACUGAUAAUAGUAAUAAUCAUAACAACACUAAUAAUACCACUAAUAACGGCACUAAUCAUAGAAUUGAUAAACACAUGAAUAUACCUCCUCCACCACCUUUACUCCCUAUGCACAUUCAUUCGGAUGUUUAUGUAGAUGGUGCAUUAUCAUCCGCUAAAUCUCCCACCGAUUUCAACAAACAUAAGUAUUGUAAUAGUAAUAAUAAUCCUUCAUUACUCCCCGAACUGAAUCGUUCAUUUAUUACAUGUAGAACCGAUUAUGAUAUGUCACUUAUUCAAUCAAAUUAUCGUUCUCAUACCAAAUCAAUGCAUGCUUCUCUCCAAGAUUUAAUUCUUGAUGAGUUCUCUCGUGAAACACCAUGUAUUUCGGUGAGUAAUUGUCCUACUGUUACUAAAACUAAUAAAAACAGAAAUGUUUACAGUAUGUCAGAUUCUUCAUAUAGUUGUCAGUACGAGAAUAAUCCAGAUCCCCUUUUUCAACGUCACAACCACCACAAUCAUAAUCAUAAAAUUCUUCAUCCUAAUUACAUAGAUUACAGUCACCAAUUGAAUUUACCACCACGUAAACGACACUGGGAUUCAUCUAACUACAAUCCUACAACUACUAAUAAUUAUGGUGAAGAGUGCGAACCCCCCAAAUUGUCUCGUGAGUGUAAGAGUACAGACAUGGAGACCUAGCUUUAGCCACUGCUAAUACUGCAUAUAAUACUAAUAGUUCUAACCUUUCUUAAAUAUUCAAGUGUAAAUUUGGUGUCCAUCGUCACUUCUUUUAUUGGUUUUAUAUCAUAUUUUCACUACACUCUCUCUAUUCAAAACUGUCAAAAUUGUUUACUUGCUUUAAAACUGUGUAUUUUCUUUUUGAAAUUACUUGUUUUCUCUUCUACAAUCUUGAUAAGAAAACGAAGUUACCGCUACAACUGUGAAAUUUAAUGUGCAUUGUUACCGUUCAAUGAUUAUUUAAUCUAAUUUCACACGUCAAUAACACAUAUCUAUAUUUAUGUAUGUAAAUACGUCUAUGGUUCUUUUACGCACAUUUUUCAUAUGAUUAAGAAUGAAAUUCCUUACCAUUUGUUUUUUCACAUACUUAUUUUCAAGAAAUCAUGUAGUACAUUUUUUUUAAAAUCUUAGGCAAUUAUAUUUCUCUAGAUAUAAUAAUAAGAAAGCUGUCCAUGUAUUGCUUACCAUAAUUUAGUCUUUAUAACGAAAUGUUUCAAAGAACAUGUAUGUAUGUACUUACGUGAAUAUAACAGAUAAUCACACUACUGUUAUCAUAAUUAUGCACAUUUCUGUUUUAAAUGUGUCUUUCUCAUAUCACCAUUGCUUUGAAUUUCCAUUUCUUGAAUGUGUACACAAGUAAAAGGAUGUUUCAGAAUGUCCAGUGUAAACUUCCACAGUGCAUCGGCUUAUUCAUUAAGAGAACAUACGUUGCCAGGUUAUUUGUUAUAUUACGUUUUUUUUUAUCUUCUAGAAUUUUUUCGAGAUUGUUACUACUUACUUUUCACUGAGAUAUAUUGUUUUUGCAUCUAGAUGAUACAUUUAAUGGUAGUUAACGUUGUCUUGAUACCUACACAGCUUUAAAAAGUGUUCCUAUUGUUGUCCAGAUAUUUAACUUUUCAUCCAGGUCUACUAGUUUAUAUUUCUUACUAACAAUUUUUGGGAAUCAAAUAGGUUUAUCUCUGCGUAUAUUUCAGUUACCUUGUAAAUAAGGUGUUAACAAUGUCAUCUUAGUGGACAUUUAUGUGGUGAUUAUAUCUGUUGGUGUUAUUGUUACAGUGGUAAUGAUUAUGUCUAUUUGAUAUUCAAACUUUUGUAAGUUCUUGUUCUCUGGAAGUUUUUCUAUUCUCAAUGGACUAAAAGUUGGUGGGAUCAUAUGCGUGUCUGAUUUUGCCCAUCAUUGAAACUGGUUACUAUUCAUUUCGGAAUGAACGGAUACAUAUUGUUUUCUGUAUCUUCAGUUUGUAGACUUGGAAAUUUUCCUAACAAUUUGUACUACUAUUACUUUCUAUUAUCAUCUAAUUGUGAGGAUUGAAAUUUUAUUAUGUAUGUCAAUUAUGCUGAUGAAUUUUAAUAAGUAAUUUCUUGUUUUCUUACUGCCACGUUCCUAAUAUCUUGAAAGAGAAAAUAUAAAAGCCGUUUUGUAUAUUG